AUGUACUUUCCGUUAAUCGGCCGACUCUCGCUACUCGAGUGGCCGUUGUUGUUGAUUUCGGUUCUUCUAACAUGGAUUGAAUAUGUAAGCACAGCCAUCACCAAGUUGCUACCUACGCCGGUGCUCUCUUUGAUGACUGGCAGUGUUAAGGCAUUGUACAAACUCACACCCAACCCAAUAAACUUCAUCACCAAGGAUUCCAGUCUCGUCGACAAAGAGAUUCCCUAUAAGUACAUUUCUAAGUCAAAUGGCGAAAUCGAUGAGGACAAGUACAAUCGAAUGAGUGGACUUUUAAACAGCAGAAACAUCCAGGAAAUGUGCAAAUUGUUUGGAUACGACGUGGAAAGUAGAGUCAUCAGGACUCAGGACGAUUAUCUUUUGACAGUUCAGCGAAUCACGAAGCCCGGUGAAGAUGUUCCCAGGAAUGGGAAAGUGGUCUACAUGCACCAUGGCUUGCUCAUGUGCUCAGAAAUAUGGGUUACCAUGAUUGACGAACACGAAAACUUGCCCUUCAUCUUGUACGAAUUGGGUUACGACGUUUGGCUCGGAAAUAAUAGAGGCAACAAGUACUCGCACAAGCACCUCUCCAGACCUUUAAACUCGGAGGCAUUCUGGAACUUUUCCAUCGACGAGUUUGCCUUGUACGAUAUUCCAGACUCCAUCAACUAUAUAUUGUCGGAAGUUGGUAAGGAAAAAUUGACGUAUAUUGGCUUCUCACAGGGUACAGCUCAGGCUUUCGCCAGUGUUUCUAUAAACCCAGAAUUGAACGAGAAGGUGGAGAAGAUUAUUGCUAUUUCUCCUGCUACAACACCACAUGGGCUCUAUUCUAGAUUCUUGGACAUUCUUCUUAAGUCUAGCCCCAAUAUUGUGUACUUGAUGUUCUCCAGAAAAGUAUUGAUGCCCUCAGUGAUGUUCUGGGAACGUCUCAUGUAUCCACCCUUCUUUGACACCUCCAUCGACAUAUCCAACUACAUGCUCUUCAACUGGAGGUCUCUUAAUAUUGACAAAAUCCAGAAAGUUGCAUCGUACGCACAUUUGUACUCUACGACGUCAGUCAAGACAGUUGUCCAUUGGUUCCAGAUUAUAUCGUCCAAGAACUUUCAAAUGUACCAUGAUGAGACAUCAGGGCUCAAUUUAUUAACACCUAUCAGCUAUCCGUUGAAGAACAUCAAAAUCCCUAUUCACUUAAUAUACGGGGACUCGGACUCGCUUGUGGAUAUCAAUGUCAUGGAGAAUCAAUUGCCAGAGAAGUGGACUACUUCGAGUCCUGUGAAAAACCAUGAACAUCUUGACAAUUUAUGGGGACGAGAUGUCGCGACUGAAGUGUUUCCACUAGUGUUGGCUGCGUUGGGUGAGGCACCCAAGGCAAAUGGGUAUUUAGAGUAG